AUGAAUGGCGCUACAUUGUUUUGCCAUUUGGACUUGACCGAUGCGUAUACUCAUCUUCCGAUAGAUGAAGAGUUCAGCCAUAUACUAACACUUAACACGAUAACACACGGACUUAUUCGCCCAACUCGGGCCGUAUAUGGAGCGGCAAACAUACCCGCUAUUUGGCAGCGACGCAUGGAGUCUGUACUUCAAGGAUUGGAUGAUAUCGUCGUUAGUUUCUACGACGACAUAAUCGUGUUUGCAAGAGAUUUUGACAACCUGCUUCAAGCGCUCACUAUCAUUUUGGAUAGAUUGAGAGAGAGCGGUUUGCGUCUGAAUCGAUCAAAAUGCGUCUUUGCAGCACCAUCUCUGGAAUGUUUAGGACACAGAAUUGAUCGUUAUGGAUUGCAUAAAUCAGAUAAACACGUUGCAGCAAUUCGCGAUGCUCCUCGACCGACAACAACAGAAGAAUUACAGCUUUUUCUGGGAAAGGCUACAUAUUAUAGCGCCUUCAUACCAAAUCUUUCUUCAAGAACAAGAGCCUUACGCGACGUACUUCUGUCCGAUAAUUUUGAAUGGACUUCUGAAGCCGAUAAAGCUUAUCUGGAUAUCAAGGCAGUCCUAACAUCUCCCCAAGUAUUAAUGCAAUACGAUCCAACGCUCCCACUAAUACUAGCAACGGACGCUAGCAAGACGGGACUAGGUGCUGUGCUUUCUCAUCGGUUGAGCAACGGGCAGGAACGACCAAUCGCCUUCGCCAGCACUAGUAUGUCAACUACGGAACAACGCUAUCCCCAAAUCGAUAAGGAGGCACUUGCUAUUGUCUGGGCAGUGAAAAAGUUCUUUCACUAUUUGUACGCAAGAAAAUUCACUUUAAUAACGGAUCAUAAGCCCCUUACACAAAUCUUGCAUCCGGAGAAAUCACUACCAACGUUGUGCAUAAGCCGAAUGGCUAAUUAUGCGGAUUACCUCGCGCAUUUUGACUUCGACAUAGUCUACAAACCCACGAAGCAACAUACAAAUGCUGAUUACUGCUCACGAAUAUCGAAGGAAACGGUGCCUCAAGUCAACUAUCUGAAACAAGAGGAUGACACUUUGGAAGAUGAUUUCGAGGGCUUCACUCUGCAUCAAAUUCAACAACUUCCAGUGCGUGCGGAACACAUUGCCCGUGAAACGUGCAAGGAUGAAUACCUGGGAAAAAUUGUGCAACUACUUGAGAAAGGUUACGAUCUGGCGCGUUGUGGUUACAAGUCUCCGGAAAACAAGUACACCUUAGCAGCCAACUGUUUGCAUUAUGAACACAGAGUAAUCAUACCACCGUCGCUUAGACAGGCGAUAUUGAAUGAUCUACAUGUAGCACACUUGGGGGUAGUAAAAAUGAAAAGCUUGGCUCGGUCUUUCGUUUAUUGGCCAGGUAUCGAUAACGAUAUCGAACUAGCAGUGCGAUCAUGCAGGAAUUGUUCAAGUAAUGCACCUUCUCCACCAAAAUUUAGUUGUCACCAUUGGGAAUAUCCGCAAGGCCCAUGGCAGCGCAUUCACGUCGAUUACGCUGGCCCGAUUGCAGAUUCAAUGCUUCUAAUCGUUGUCGAUGCUUACAGCAAAUGGGUGGAAGUUAGAGUCACUUCUACGUCAACAACUGAGGCGACAGUUGGUAUAUUGGACGAGCUUUUCUGUUCUUAUGGAGUACCAACGACACUGGUAUCCGACAACGGACCACAGUUCACUGCUCGAGAGUUUAAGCAUUUUCUGCAAAUGAGCGGGGUUAAAUUCCACAAAUUUUCAGCACCGUACCACCCAGCCACCAACGGACAGGCUGAGCGAUAUGUCCAAACAGUGAAGCAAGCCCUCAAAGCCAUGGGCACAACUAAAAGCACUCUGAAGAAGAAUAUAAAUGAAUUCCUGUGUCAGUAUCGAAGAACUGCUCAUUCCGAGACAACUGAAUCUCCAGCAAAACUAUUUUUGGGACGAAAUAUAAUGACUCGGUUAGAUUUAGUAAGGCCACUGGAUGCUAGCACGAGAAUCACAGAAAAACAAAAGGCGAAUUUCAACACAUCGUUCCGAUCUUUCACUCCGGGACAACAAAUAUACUUUAUUUCUGGAAAUAAUCGAAUGGAUAAAUGGAUUCCAGGAGUAAUAUCAAAACAACUGGGAGAUUUACAUUACAUAAUAGAAUAUCACGGGAAGCACAUCAAACGUCAUGUUGAUCAAAUCCAGCGCUACCAUGGCAACGAAGAAAGCGAACGAAGCCUAUCAAUACCGACGUCACUCACACCACAACGCAUAUCAAAGAUACCAGCAGAACAAGAGAGUCCACCUCGGCGGUCCAGAUCAGCAGAGAGCACAAAUCGGCUCUCCUAUUCUACGACGCUCGGAAAGAAAUCGUCGUCCGCCUCUUAG